UUAUAAUCAAUACAAUAAAAUUAGUUUAUAUUGUUCCUAAUAAUAUCUAUCGGCUAAAGACUAUGGCUAACAUAAAGGGUAUUGUUUUUGUUGUUUGUUUAAUUGGACUCAUUGCAUGCACACAUUUAUUUGUCAGUGAAGCUGCUACAGAAAUAAGUAACGGUGUUUUAGAUCUUGAUAAGCCUUCUUGUGGACAUGCAAAUAAAAAUUGCAGACCAAAAGAGUCUCAAAAUCCUUAUAGGCGAGGAUGCAAUGCUGCUGACCGUUGUCGUGAAGGCGAUCUUAUUAUUAAUGAAGAGGAGCCACAUGCCCACAUGUAAGAAGGAAGAUAGUGAGGUGUCUAUCAUUUCCAUUAACGUCUACCUUUGAUGAGUCAUUUCUCCUACAAAUAACAAUGCUUUGCAUGUCUUGUGCAAAGUUCACAAACACAUUAUGUUUUGCUUGAAUGUAAUAUUUAAAUGAAAAAUGUAAUUCACAAACACUAGAGUGUAUUACAUGCUCAUAUUGAAUUAACGAAUAAACAUGCUCUUGAUAAACUAUAA